AUGAGCGACACUGCCGGGCAUGAGUCCGACCAGGAGUACUCUCCAUCCUCGCCGUCCACACGCUCUGCGAGUCCAGAACCCAACAAAGAUACAUCUUCACGGCAACACAAUGAAAAGAACCUUUUGGUCGAACGCCAACUUGGCGAUGCGCUUAUGCUGCGCAAGCCGCGGAUGCCUGGGUCGCUCACAUUUCUACGAACCUACAACCACCUUCUUGCGGAAUCCCAACGCGAGAUCGAUUACGCCUCGUCAAAGCGCGGACAGGAGAUAUUUGAAGUCACCCAGUUUGGUUCGGUGAUUUGGACUUCCACCGAGAAGGAAUUGUUUUUCAAUGCGCUGGAUCGCAAAGGCAGGGACAACAUCAAAGAGAUUGCAGCUGCAGUCGGUACCAAGUCCGAGCUUGAGGUUUUGGAAUAUCUCAAAAGUCUACACCAAGCUCUAAAGGCCCGGCAUCGCUUCGAUCCGAGACUCGGGUGCAUGCCUUUGCUUGGUGAUAUCCCGGCAGCCACAGAGAUCAGCCAGCAAUGCUGUACACUGCUCGACGACUAUGCAGAUGUUUUGGUAUUAAAGGAGUCUCUUGCCCAAGCGCAUUUUGGGAAAAUGGAACAUGGAGACCGUUGGAACGUAGAUAGUGCCGCUGCGAUAGAUUUGAUGAACGUGGUUGACGGCAAGCAUGACGGCAAAGUCCGUGGUGACCUCCACCUUGCAGCUACUAUGUUCUAUAUCCCUGAUUGGAUACGACUAUCUCAAGGGCUCUUUAUGAACUUUGGUGGUACAAAAUCAGAGGACCAUUGGAAGAACAUCGCCAACUCAAAACAAAACAUCACGGCCCAAAAUCAGACACCUUCCAUGACUGCGGAUAGUGUUGUGGACUUCUACUCUCUUGCUAUCAGCGUCACGCGGCGCCUGAUCCAGUCAUCUAUCUUUUUUGCAAUGACAAGACUGCGCGGCGCAACUCGCAAGGGUCACGACAGAAAAAAUCACAUUCGCAUGUCGGACGUGAGGGCUGCCAUCGAAAUACUCAACAUGAAACAUCGCCGGCCCAGUUUCGUGGAUACAGCUCGCCGGAACCAAUUGGUCAUAGCGGACAUCCAUCAUCGCAAAGGCUGGGUGCCUAGGCAAUUCACCUAUGAUGAAGCUGAGGAACUCAUGCACAAACCCGGAUGGAAGAGGUACUGCAAGGGUGCAGCCAUUGCUGGUGAUGUAAAUGCGCAGGAAGAAGAUGAAGAAAUGGAUGGUAGUGAAAACGACGACUCAAACGAUGAGGAUGUUGAACAAGCGACAGAAAGUGAGCCAGAAGACAUUACUGCUGAUUCUUCAUCUUCUCGCGGAUCGUCCGAACUUUCAUCUCCAAUGGCAUCCUCCGACGAGUUGGAACAUGACCUUGACCUUGACCCGGAAGAAAUGGACGCAAAUGCCGCAGAUGAAGCCACUGGCCGUCGCGAAGAGGCGAUGUUCCUGCGGCUCAUGGAUCAAUCUGGGCCAAUGAACCCCGACAAAACCAUGAAGGAAGAAGAAGAAGUCGAGCGUAAGCCCAACCGACAACCAAGGCCCGGCCGACAACGAAAGCGCGCGCUCAGAGAAAGGCCCUUUGACUGGCGUGAUCAGAUUCUCUAUCGUAGCGAAUGGGAGCAAUAUCGAUACGAUUUCGCCGAUUUGAAGGAGGAAAUCGAAAUACCUCCUCACAAACGACCCAAAUACGAAUCAAGUGAAUGA